AUGGAAGUUGAAGCCAAUGAGGAGGUCCAGCAAUGGGCAGCAGCACAAGAGGUUAGCGACUUGCUACCAAGGUUGAGCGAAGCGGGCUUCAUCACGAUGGUCUCAGUUCGCCUCAUUGACACGAAUGACUUCGCGCCAAUGGGCAUCGCCAAGCCAGGUGAUCAGAAGCGCCUUCUUUCGGCGGUCCAGCAAGCAAUCAAGGAGGCCUCAGGACCAGACGUGCGCAUGGUGCAUGAGGAAGUGCAAGAGCUCCGAAGCGACUUCAAGAAGCUCGCCAUCAAGGUUGCAAAGGACCGAUCGGAACGGAGCACGCCAUCGACUUUCUCCGAUCAUUACGACCAACUUCACAAGGCCCAAGCCCCCGAGGCGUGGUUCUCCGUCGCCACACAACGCCCAAUGGUGCCCGCCAGAGGCAGGGGCGGACGGGCGAUGAAGGAGUACCUGUUUCCCGAGAGCGGCCAUCCGGCGGCGGGCGCCCACGAGAUUCGGGUCGUGCAGCCCUACUGGUCGGAGAAGCUCAAGAAACUUCCCCGACAAGGAAGACCUGGCUGUCGUUCUCGAGGACACCCAUCGGUCGGUGUCAUACGGCAACCGCAAGCCUGUGACAUCACCAUCGACAAGGAGCCGGUGGUCAUGGGCCCGCUCCUCGGCGUCGGAGGAUCUUCUGUCGUGUACAGCGGCAUGCAUCAAGGCGCCGAAGUGGUGGUGAAGCGAUUCAAUUCGACGUACAAGCUGUACCACCUUCAACAGGAAGCCGCCAUCUUGCGCAAGAUUGAAAGUGUGGUGCCCCGCGUACCCCGGCUGAUCGCCCGCGACGACCAGGGCCUUGUGCUUCUGCUGCAGCCUGUAGGGGUUCAGUUCGCCUCCAGGCUGUCUCACUUUGACCCACAGAAGGAGACGCGGGUAGUGGCCACGGCAGAUGAUUUCUGCCAGCUUGUGGACAUUCUUCAGACCGUGCACGGCCAGCACAACUUCGUUCACCGCGAUCGUGACUCGGGAGCGUUGCAGCACGCUCCGCUUCGUGUGCUCGAACGCCGGAGACAGAAAAGCACCUACAAGCCACGGUUUAGCGAUGACCUCGAGAUGUUAGUGCGGAGCGUCUUCCACAGCCUUUCGAUGACCACCUUCGAGGAGAUCCGCCUGGUAGAGGACGAGACUCAGAUCAUUCGCUUUUGGGAGCGCCACCUAGCACCCCCCAUCUGGUCUGGCAUGCUUGCCGCUGCUAAACGCGAGAACUACGACGACCUCAAGACGCGCAUCCGUGACAUCCUUCCCGGCAACGACAUGUAG